AGCAGAUCCACCCCCCUCCUCCUCCACACACACACACACCGUGUGCCCUGCACUAUGACUGUCGGUGUGCUCCUGGCUUGAGGAUUAAAGUGAGGACUGUAAUGGCGUUGACGAGCUUGCCUAUGCCCUGCUGCUGUUGCUGUAUCCUGGGCUCCCUCCUGCUCGCACUCGGGGAUUUAGGCCAUUCUUCAGAAUUGACGUUCACCCUGGAACCCAGUGAUGUUGUGGCAGUUGAGGCACAUCCUCUGAAACUGCACUGCCAAGUGGAAGGAAUGCAGCCCAUUAGCAAGUCGUGGAGGAAGAAUGGCGUGCUGUUGUCUGAUAGUGAACACAUCUCGCUGCUCGCCAAUGGAUCACUCUACAUCACAAAAUUUCAGAAGCUGAGGGAGGAUGGUUCCUCUGAUGAGGGUGAAUAUGACUGCACAGCCCAGAACCACUUAGGAUUACUGGUCAGCCGGAAGGCAAAAGUGCAAGUUGCAACUCUGUCUCCAUUUCAUGUACAGCCCCAGUCGAUGGUGGUGGAGGAAGGUGGUGUUGCCAGGUUUCAGUGCCAGAUUCAUGGUUUACCAGAGCCAUUGAUCAUGUGGCUGAAGAAUCGCAGGGCUCUUGAGGCGAGUGAUGACAGAUUCACCUUUCUGCCAACGGGGGUCCUUCAGAUUACACGAGUGGGUGAAGAAGACAGUGGAAUAUACCAGUGUGUGGCAGCUAACACUGCUGACACAAGACAUAGCGAAGAGGCCAGUCUCACUGUGUCAGGAUCUCACUCAAAUGUUUAUAAGGAACCAACAAUCCUGGUUGGCCCUGAGAACCUCACACUCACCGUGCACCAAACAGCCGUCCUGGAAUGUGUUGCGACCGGAAACCCUCGUCCGAUUGUAUCCUGGAGCCGUCUCGACGGCAGACCAAUUGGUGUGGAGGGAAUCCAAGUGCUGGGCACAGGAAAUCUCAUGAUCUCUGAUCUAUCGGUGCAGCAUUCUGGAGUGUAUGUCUGUGCAGCUAACAAACCAGGGACCCGCGUGAGGCGUACUGCACAGGGCCGACUGGUGGUCCAAGCACCUGCAGAGUUUGUACAGUACCCACAGUCCAUAUCCAGGCCAGUUGGAACCACAGCCAUUUUCAACUGCCUGGCUCAGGGAGAGCCAAUCCCACAACUUACUUGGCUGAAAAACGGGGAAAUCCUCGCCCCCAGCGGACACAUCAAACUGAAAAACAACAACAAUACGCUUACAAUAAAUGGAAUUUCUCCGGAAGAUGAAGCAAUCUAUCAAUGUAUUGCUGAGAAUGACGCAGGAUCGACCCAGGCCAGUGCACGGUUAACCGUGCUGUGGGCAGAGGGGCUUCCAGGACCCCCCCGGGAAGUGAAAGCUACAGCUCUGUCUGCGACAGCCAUUCAGGUGUCCUGGACUGAACCGUCUGAGAAUACGCGGGACAUUAUUGGCUACGUGUUGCACAUCAGAAAGACUGCAGACCCAGUUGAGAUGGAGUACCAGGAGGCUGUGAGCAAAACCACCUUACAGCAAGUGGUAACUGAUCUGCAGCCAUCGACUGGCUACACUUUCUAUAUAAAGGCUUACACAUCACGCGGUGCCAGCAAGCCAUCUGAGCCAGCUACCUGCAGCACACGGGGCGAAGUUCCAGCAGUACCAGCUCUUUUCAUUAAAGUUUUGAACAGUACAGCCAUUCAGGCAGCAUGGGAAUCCAGCGCUAAGCUCGGGCAGCUCGAAGGGUUCAAGUUGUAUUAUCGCAGGAUUCAUGGAGCACACUUCAUCGGGCCUGUACUCCUUCCGAGCAACGUGACAUCAUACAACAUAACUCAGUUGGAUCCAAUGAUUGCCUAUGAAGUGAAGCUUCUCGCAUUUAAUCGUCAUGGAGAUGGGAAUUCCACAGUCCGCUUUGUGGCUCUGCAAGGUGCUGCUGAAAGAUCUGGGGUUCUGAACACUCCUUGUGACUGUCUGAAAGAGGAACACAGCAGCAAAACAUCGACAACUGGCAUCAUCAUUGGAACCCACAUCGGUGUCACCUGCAUUAUCUUCUGUGUUCUAUUCCUGGUUUUUGGAUAUCGUGGGAGGUUGCUAAUGUGUAAAAAUGUUGAGGAGCGUCUGGCCACCCCUCAGGCUCCAUCCAGGGCCCAAAGAAAUUCACAAGGGCUGGUUCUGAAUGGUGGACCGCAGAGAGGUCGGGAGGAGUUCGCUGCCAACAGGAAGAUGGCUGACAUUAAUGAACUGGAGCGACUGUUCCCUGCGCCAGGUCCUAGUGACCACCUCCACAAGGGAAAUCAGUCUAAUAAUGUCUCCCCCAUUACUGAAGAACAGCCCAGUUUGAUCUGCCAGAACUCUGUGUUCCCGCUGGAUGAGUUUGUUGUGACUCAAGAACAGCACACUACCUUUGAAACCUCUGUUGUUCAAUGUUGCUUAGACCACCCUGAACUAAACGUUAAUCAGCUCAGCUUCACAGGAGCAAAAGACAGUAGUUCAGUCACCGCAGAGUGAAACUUUGAGGGAACCCAAGUCUCAUUGCCUCCCUGUAGGCUUGUGACUGGAACUCAUGUUGAUAUUCAUCGUUUUCCUGUCAACUGGCAUCUACACUAGGCCUGUCAGUCUCAGGUCAGCUCAUGCAUUAUGGAUUUGGUGGAAAUGAAGUCUGUUUGUAUCCUCAACAAACUCAGGCAUGUUGUAAUGAAGGUACUUCAACUGGUGUAGUUUAUCUAUGAAACUUAUCUAAUGAGGAUGCAUUUCAGGCCCUCACUUCGGAUUUUCACCAUUUACAAACACAUAUCAUCAUGUUGUUGGCUGGCUGCAUGUUAGUCUUGCCUUCUAACCAUUUCUUUGAUGUAAACAGCUAUCAGCAUCAGUUUAGUAAGAUCCCAGCGGCUCUCUAUGCAGGGAUUCGAUGAAUUUCACAUUGUAUUCAUCUCAGGUCACAAGUUCCAUCGUUUCAGUUGUGGAUCCUCAACAGACAAAGUGACUGCUGAGGCCUACGUGUAGAACGCUAAUGAGACUUGGGGAGAAAAAACACAACUCAAAGAAAAGUUUGAUGAUUGAAAACUACCUCAGCCGCAUUGAAUGUCUUCUAAGAAAACUGCUCAAAUUGGUAUCUUCCUUUCUGCAAAGUGAAAUCGCAUUUGGUCAGUACAGAUGCAGUACUACCUCAAGACCUCACUCAUCUGCCAUUUUCCCUGAAGAAGAGGAAAGAAAGCACUUCCAAAUAUAAAGAGAAACAUUCUACCUCAAAUUUUAUAGAACUCCAUUCUAUGUUGUGGGACUGUUUUCCCUCCAUUGGUGUACGUGGUGAUUUUAACCAAACUCCCUGUCUGCGUAAUGCCGAGGCGUGGAAUUAAUGGUCGUUACUUUUACGUGUGCUACACUGUAUAUAGCCACGUCUUAUGUGUUUGCAUUAUUUUUUACUUUACAAAGGUGUUUAUUCGCGUUGAUUGUCUGCAGUGUUUAUUAGAGAAAUAUUUUUUAUCAUUGUUCCUCACUUGGGAACGUCACCAAAGACCUGCUUUUGAAGAAAAUUGAACAAGGCUCUGAAUUUCCGAUCAGCAGUGACCACAUUGCUGUGUAGAUCCUGCUGUAACUCUCAUACUGUGUCCGUUAGGUCAGAGCACACACAAAACAGAAGGACAGCAAUGUAACCAGUGUUUUGAGUCAAACAUUCCCAGCCCUGACUCAUGCCAGACCUCCCAGGAUUUCAAUAACAUUCAAAAGAAUCCAUAGCUUUGGAAAGGAAAGUUUGUGGCUGACAUCAGCCCUGGCUGGAUUGUUCUUAUGUAUUGAAGGAAAUGGAUGAGAAGCACUCACUUUAAAUGUGGUGUGCAAAAAAAAAAGGCAACCUCUCCUCAAUCAAGCAGCAUCUCACCAAGGACGACCUGGUCAGAGGAACAAUAUCAAGAACCUUCCUUCGGGAAAGAGAAAUGGUAUCUGGAACAUUCCUCCAAAGCGUGCAGAGAAACAGAGAAGUACAAAUCACAGAUGUAAAGGCAGGAAGGAAUUAUGAGAAACCCCUCCACAAAGGAAAUCUUGGUCUAGGCUGUGUUGACUUCCAUAAUGACAGUCUAAAAUGCAGCAGUGCUUUUGUCUGAAUCUAAACUUCCUUCACCUUUGGAUAUCUUGUAAACUUGCAGUCUUACGUUUCCACAUAUUUUGUUGCCCUUGUUCUGUACUCUGUCAAGGUAACUGUGAUCAUUACGGACUGCAGUGUCCGUGUUUCUAGAUUUCACCCGGGUUGCUGUGAUAUCCGUGUUUCUGUACAACUGUUUGCUCGUGAAAAUUGUUCGUUUUUGUGAAGCCUUAUUGUGCAGUUUAAUUAGAUGGUGGGCAGUCAGUUAUCUACCUCAGUAUUAACCGCCUGAUCUUUCUCCUGAGCUUAUUCUCUGCUUCUUUCUGUUGUCCCAACACAAACCAGUGUCAGGAUUUAAUUUUCAUCCUCACUCUGGCUUCCACUUGCCAACAUAUUUACUUAUUGUAGAAAUAUAUGAAGCCACUUAAUGUGAGAUUUUGAACAAAACAACAAUACCUACCUGACAGUCAAACUAGAAUGAGGUUGCUAAGCACUGACUUUCACUCAGAGUUUUGCAGCUAGGCCUUUGAGUAUUGCAUUAAAUAUUAAAAUCCUUUAAUCUUGGAUGAUGGACUUUGGAAGUUCCACAUUUUUAAAUUGUAAGGAGAUUUGCCCCAAUGAUUCUCCAAUCCUUUUAGUGAGUUCAGUGAAUCAAAGAAUCCCUACUGUGUGGAGCAGGUCGUGUGGAGCAGGUCAUUUGGCCCAUUGAGUCUAUAC